UGAACUGAUCCCAAAGAGCGUGAAAUCACCUUUCCCACAUCCUGCCCUUCCGCGUUUCGGCAGCAUGUCGAACACCGCACUGGUGGGUAUUUGCGGGAACUUCCGUCGCUACAUCGAGCGACAGGAAGGGGUGCCACUGGCGCAGCUCUUCGAGGGUAGUCGGCUGCCCCUGCGAGAGCUCGGGCGAUGUGAGCAGCUGGAGGAGCUCACAUGGAAGCAUGCGGGUGAGGCUCACGAGGUCUUGUCGCUCUAUCUGUUGGGCGUGCAGGCCCACGUGCGCAGUGAGUCUGUGCGGCACUUGGAGUUGGUUUGCACCUGCCUUCAGAGCUGGGUUCAAAGAUAUGUUGAGGCCGAGGGCAGUGGCCUUUGGAUGGUGCCGUUGUUGUUGCAACUUACAGCAGUUGCUCGGAAGGUUGCCAACCAAGUAGAUCAGGCGAAGAAGUCUGAGCGAGCUGAGCGGCCACACCAAGAGAACAAUGCCUAUUUGAAGCAGCUGGUCGCACUCUACCGCAAGUUCUUCAACACGUUGAACAAGGAGCGUGCCAAACGGGCUGGACACGUGUGGAUUUGUUGUGAAUUGCUGCGUGCCUACUUCAAGUUGCAGCAAGUGUCCCAGUGCUCCUUCACGCUCACCACGGUGUCGCAAUCCAUGCAGAAGGAUGGGUUUUCUCCAACCGACCUGCCAAAGGCGAUUUGCGUAACCUUUUACUUCUUCUGGGGAAAAUAUUUGGUCUUUGAGCACAAUUUGCAAGGAGCAGAUGAGAAGCUCACCUGGGCCUUCAACAAUUGCCCAGAGAAGGCCAUUGCCAACCGUCGGAGAAUCUUGCUGUAUUUGGUGCCUUGCAAGCUACGCCUCGGGGUUCUACCGACCCAGGAGUUGUUGCACAAGUACGACUUGGAUGUCUUCGUGGAUGUGGUAAAGGCCAUCAAGGAGGGCAAUGUCCAGCUCUUCAACAGCAAGAUGCAAGAGCUUUCAGCCGAUCUCAUCAAGAUGGGGACCUACCUGCUCAUGAUGAGGCUGAAGUUUAUGGUCUUGCGGAACCUCACCAAAGGCAUCUUCUUGGAGGUUCAGGGAAGGUUGGCAGACAAGAGUGACAAGCUGGAUUUUACCCCGUUCGAACAUGUCUUCGGGUGGCAAGACGGCUGUGAUGCCGACGAGACGGCAGCAUGCUUGGCAACGCUGAUCUACAAUGGUGCCAUCAAGGGGUACUUGAGCCAUGAUCGUCGGAAAGUGGUCUUUGCCAAGGAUGGUGCAUUCCCUCCACCUUCGAAGUGGCGCUGACGAGCGACGCUGACGAGCGUGCCAAA